GACCAAAAGAAGAAGAGGAGGAAGCGAAGAAGAAGAGGAAGAAGAAGAAGAGGAAGAAGCCCUGCCAAUCACAACACAGGAAUCCUGCUCGAGGAGGACACGCUGACGAGGGCCUGGCUGCGUCUCCGUGACUGGCGCCCCUGCUGCUGCCUGCUGGGCCUGACGCAUGCUGUGCUGCGGGCCACGACGAGGCUGGUUUCCCCAGGUACCCAUUUAUUGACCAGCCCGAAAGGGAGGAUGAACAGCUGGGUAAGCUGCACGCCGACUGCCCGGGCCGGGAUUUGAACCUUCCUUUUGUGGUUAAAGGGCAAAAAUACAAGUCAUUUAACUAUAAUAUGAAGGCAUGCAUUGUUAGAAACUAGCCCAAACUAACCUAACUAAAGCAAACCUAACCCAACCAAACUUAAACAAAGCACCCUGGACCACAGCUACCGCCCCAAUGCAUUAAUGGCGCUGUUUGGGUUAUGUUAGGUUAGUUGCUAACCAUGUGCACCUUCAUAUAGUUAAAGUGCAUGCAUUUUCACCCAUUAACAAUAUGAUGAAGAAUUCUGAGCUAAACUACACAUGGACUGCACUGUCUGCAGACAAGUCACACUCAUCAAUGGCUACCUCAUGUCCACAGCCAUGGCCAAUGGGUCUAUUGAAUCAAAGGAAGAGGACAGUUUGUGGCCAGCAGAUGACUCGGCACAGUCGUUGCCCUCUUCCCGGAAUCGUCAGGACUCUGGCACCUUAGGUGACCCCAGUGACAACUUUUCACAGGUUGGAAGACACCUUCCCCCACUCUUACACCCACGUCCACCCUCACCAGUCUCUGUGGCAGAGCUGCAGGAACGUGCCGUUCAGGAUAGCCAAAACAAUAAUGUUGAUGAGAACAGCAAUGACCACCAUUUUGACCAGUAUGCUGCUGCUGCUGUUGCCUCCACUUACCCUCGUCGGGAAGCUUCAUCUUACCCUGCAUACCCUAAUCAAGAGGCUUCGCAUUACUCAUCCUCCUAUAGAGAUGCAUCGUCAUACCCUCCAUACAACAGCAGAGAAACUUCACAUCCCAGCAGGGAAAGUUCUUCAAGCUUAAGUUGGGAAGCCUCAUCACAUGAUGCCUGGAGAGCCUCACACCCCUCAUCUUCCAGUCGAGACCCCUCAUCAUUGCACUCAUACAGGGAAGCUUCACACCAAGAAGCUCAGUCACACCACCAUUCACGUUCUUCACAUUCCACUCAGUAUACCUUACACUCCAGCUACCCUUCACACACUGUUCGUGAGGCUGUCUCUGCCUCUGAUCAGUCUGUGCGACCCAGGGUGAGGCAACCAUCACAGCAUCAGAGAGAUGAAGCAGACCACGCCAUACCUCCCCGGUUACGUCUUGCCCCAAGAAGGGACAGCUUUAGCAGCAGCAGUUGCCAGCACAGUGGACUCACCCACCGUAGAAACCGUUCUGAAGGCACGUCACCUGUCAACAGGUACCCACCACUGCCAAAUCAUAACUGCCCUCCUAAAGAAUCAGAUGGACGACUACCCCAACUACCAGGGUGUAGGACAGGGAACCAAAACCCCAACAGCCCUAUGAGAUGGCUUCCCCUUGCCUUGCGUGGGGGCAGAUGCAGCCCCCAGCCCCCUCAGGACUUGCCUCCUGCUGAGAAUGUUACUCAGGAGGCUCAGGAAUUGCUCACCACCUUCACCUUAGAGACCCUUCGUAACAACAGGCUGGAUGUGCCUCAGUGUAUGCAGGCCAUGCCCAGUUCCAGCAGCCCCCACAUGAUGCGUGCUGGCCGGGAACUACGUCUGCUGGCAGAUGCCUUUGCAGGGACAGCUGAGCGACGGAAGGUGCGUCUUAUGGCAGAGUCAGUGAACCUCAGCUGCAUUGAGAUGAGUGACUUCUUCCAGCUGUGUGCUGAACUGUUUUAUGACGGUAUCACACGAGAACGUAUUGUGGCAUUGUUCACCUUCGUGGGUGAUGUGGCUGUGCACCAAGUAAGGAUGAAGGGAGAGGAACUGAUCCAUCUGCUAAUGAAGUGGUCCUUUAGGUACCUGGUGGAGCACGUGUGUCGCUGGGUGCAGGAGGCAGGUGGCUGGGUUGCUGUGCUGACUUGUGGCGCCAACUUCAUUUACCGAUGUGCCGUGUUUGCCUUCUGCGUGUGUGGUUCAGUGGCAGCAAGUCUGUUCAUAUACAAAACCCUCAAGAAUGGGUGACGCUGGCCCUUGCUCCCCACUUGCCUGCCUUAUAACAAAUGUAUGUCCCUUGCUGUUCACCCACAGUUGCUCAACCCCGUCUCAUCUCUUAGUGGUUAGUGAUUAUUUUGUAUGAUUGAAAGUGACAACUUCAGGUAUAAUAUUGAUUGCUGCAUGUGUGGAGGUGUGUAAUAUAUGUAGGUAAUGAUUUUCAUAUGUAAAUGUGAUCAGCGAGUGUAUCAUAUUUCUUGCCAAAACUGUACUUUUCUCUCAAAAUAUCUAAAAAGGAUCACCCAGUGUCUUUCAUGCUAAUGCUAAUUUUACUUUUUAUGGGGUUUGUAGCUGUUGCCAUAAGUCACUUAGUUCAGUCCCAAAACUGCUUGAAAGUAUCGAAUAAGAUAAACUAGAGCAUAUUAUUAAAGUAAAAAUAUUGGUCCACAGAAAAAGCUGCAGUGAUACCUUAUGCAAUGUUUGUGGUGAUAUUUAUAACCCAAUAAUGUGUAUCCAAGGUAACAAGGAAUGAAUUGUGAAUUCAUUAAUGAUUUCCAGUUCUGCAUAAUGAGCAACCUAGUUUCCAAUGCAAAACAAAUUUAUCUAGUGAAUGUGUUAUUUUACUCAGAUAUCAGAUAUGGCUCUCUAUUACCUUGAUAUCAGAUAUGGCUCUCUAUUACCUUGAUAUCAGAUAUGGCUCUCUAUUACCUUGAUAUCAGACAUAGCUGCCUGUUACCUUGCUUGAAUCUCACUUAAAAUCCAUUAGUUGUCUUGGCUGUCUUUUUAUGCUGUAAUUUAAGCUUUUUCUUUUAUUAAUAAAAUUUUAUGUCAGACACUCCCUCGAAUAGUGGUAGAUGCUAAACUAACUAGGAUAAUUUCUCACUCAAAUUAAGUGGGUAGUAGCUGCUUGAUUUCAGUUUAUAAAGAUCAGCUGUUAUCAUUUGCUUGACAAAAUUCUAAUUAUGAAAAGUUACUACAUCAUUUCGACAAGCAGACUAGUUACACACAUUUGUAGGAUAAAAGUCAAGUAAUUUGCCACUGUUGAAAUAAACUAUAAUUUGAGUAAAUAGAUAGGAAACCUGCAUUGACAAAUCAUUAUCAAAGCAAUUAAUUCCCCUAUUGUAAAAAGUUGCAUGAUUUAGACUUGCAGAUGUGUUACAAACCAGUGUAAGGGCACAUCUGAGAUAAAAACUCCAAAGUUUGCAUCGAGAUCAUAUUAUAGAACUUCAUUGAAAUUUUCUGUGUAUUAAGUUGCACAUGUAACUUUCAAACACAAUUUGGUAUCCAUAUAAUUAAGGGGUGCCUUAGUCAUCUUAUUAAAAAAAUUUUAUUUCUUUUCUCAAUUCCUUACUUUAAUGUUUACCAAACAGAAUCUCUCUGGCAUGAAAUGUGGUUUAUGUAAUUGUGAAUAUAUGUAUGAUGAAUGAAACUCAUGUUUUAUACUUAAAAGUUGCAGCUGAUGAGUGAAUCAACUCAUUCAGCUUGUGUUCAGCCAUUACCAGUGAAUCUGAAUUAUUUUGCACAUGUGAAGGUGUGACUCCGGGACUGUGAUAACAGGCCUUUUUUGACAUUCCAGGCCCAACCAAUAUAUUUUUGAGGUUUUUGUACUGUGCCAAUUGCUCUUUGCAAAUAUAUAAACUGAUAUAAUAAACUUUAGACUUUGACUAUCCAAAACAUGAAAUAGUGCAGACUUUCCAUUGGUUUGGUUUAUAGGGGAAAAAUAUUAUACAUCAUAUAUCUGGAGAGCACCAUCAUUAUCCAGUUUAAAUUCUGGGGUAUUUAGGGUCAAAUUUCUUGACCAUGUCCAUGGAUUGGAUGGCUGCUGGAUUAAUCAAACAAUAGGAACAUACAGAAUGGCCUGGACAUGGAGAUUAUCCAGUCAAAGAACACAUUGAUUUUAAGCAAAGUAUGACUGACUGAGACAGCUGGAACCCUAUGAGAGUAGCUCAUUUCCUGUAUAUCACAUAAUCAUCAUCAUUUCAUCGACGCCUGUUCCUAGGAGCUCCCAUCAGGGGAUGGCCACGGCAGAAGAGUUUCCAACUUUCUCUAUACAGACACUCCCUCCUUGCCUGCUCAUAGUUUCUCAAAGAUCUUUCCCCCCUCUCCAUAAUGUACUCCUGCACCCUAUCUCUCCAUUUCACUGCAGGUCACAACUAAGUACAUACACCUAGGUAAAUACACACACUGCUUUAGAGUGGAAACACAAUGGAUACAAAACUGCUUCUUACUUGUUCUUUAUGUAUUAUCUCACCAAACCUUUGCACCACUAUUACUAACUAACAACACUUGCCUUAAAACAAUAUAGAUUUACUUACACUUUCCAACACAGUCAAGCCUUGAUUUUAUUGAUUGACAUAAAUAUGACAACAAUUUUUGUACAAACACUGCAGGUGGGCACAAAUUUAGGGACGAGUUAGUAUGCAUAUCUAUGUUUCUUCUGUUUCUUAGCUUACAUAAGACAAAAUAUUCCUUUCUUGAUUACAUUUUUGUAACUUUUUUUUUCUUGCCGACUUAAUUCAUAUGUAACAGCUAAACUAGUCAGACAAUUCACUAAAAUGGAUUCAAAUCAAUGGAUACAUUUAACAAUGAGGUAAAAGUAAGAAUAGAAUACAUUUAAAAUACUAUAUUGCACUAAUGUAUUAUAAACAUUAAGAAAUCAUUGCCACAAAAGGUGCGGUGGCAGCAGAGAAAACAGACCUGCAUGAAAUUUGUGGCAAUGAAUCAUUAACAUCAUCUGGAAAGGUAGACUUAUAUGUCUUUAGCCACAACUGAUGUUUUGAAGGAGUUGUAAUGAGAAAAUUGAAGUGUUUAGCAUAAUGUGCCCAUCAUGCAUUCAUUCUUAAAAUAUUUGUGCUUACUGUCCUUAGUUUUAAAUUUCAAAGAUAAAACUAUAUGUAAUUUUUCAUAACAACACUGAGUUCAUAAAUAGAUCUAACUCUUAGAGACAAAUGUAAAUUGUUAAGGCAACAUCACAUAUGUGUACUUUUGCAAAUGUAGCACGAGAUUAGUUUUGCUAUGAUGAACAGACACAACACAUACAAUGCCAAUGAAUGCAUUAAGCUUAUAGAUCUAUACUUUGGCAGUACAGAUGUUGCAUCCUGAACAUCAGUCACAUUAUUUUAUAGGCUAAUGAUUGCUUAACAAACCUGUAGUUCAUUAGAGACAAAGCCCCAGAAUACCAACCUUUCCCCAGACUCAGCAGCUGUCACAACCUGCAAUCAACUCCCUCACAACACAUGGCAAACAUUUCAGGAAAUGUUAAGUUUAAUGUAUGUUGGCACUGGAAGGAUGGAAGAGCCCAAACAUAUUCUGUGAGGUUUUGUACAAUUAAUAUGUAGUCACAGAGUUUUCUUGAAGGCUAUCCAGAAACAGAGGAUGGUGUGUGAGUUAUUGCUGUAACACAACCAGAUUACUGCUCUACUGUCUUCACCACCAAGGCCUCCCUUUAAUACUCAGGAAAGAUAUGCCUUAGUUGAAUACUGGAAUCAGAAACGUGCCCUGCUCAUCAGGACAUUUUUAUGAUUACUGUAAUCAAACUGGUUGACAGACUUUCAUACAAACAAAAUUUCUUAUAUCUUUAAAAGAUGAAUUCCAGCUUUUGAUUUUCAGUUGACUGAAUCAACAUGAUAAAAUUACAACCAAGACACUGGGUUUACUAACAAGGGCUCUCUAAUAUGAGUCAUAAGUAAGAAUAUCUUAGAGAAUGAAUUUUACAUUUUUUUUUUUUCAAUACAGGUGGAUUAACAUUUAUCCUGACACAUCUUCACACUAUCAAUAAAUAAUGCAAUGGAAAAUACUUCAUAAAAUGCUCUAGUCUUUGUGAGAUAUCACAUAUCACAGAGGCAUUGUGCUUGUAACCUUCCAACUUGCUUCAAUAGAGCUGCUGGCAAUAACUAUUAGCUAAGGGCAUCCAAGCAGAGGCUGGGGCCCUAGUCUACCUUGGCACCAAAACCAUGAACAAUGUUGUUCUAACUUACAUAUUAUAUCACAAGAGUUCACUACUGUUAUAAGCUGUCGAGUAUAUUUUUUUAUGAGCUUAUAUUGUUAGUAAUGUGUUGGCUAAAUGUUAUAAUAUUUAUGAUAAAUAGAAUGACAGCUGUCUGUAUGGCAUCAUUAUUACUCAAAAUGCACUAACUGUAAUCCUGUAUAACAAGCAUAUGAAUGACUCACUAGCUGUAUAAUUUAUCUGAGGUGUUCCAUACCUGACAAGAUGCAAAAACAAUGUAUACUGAAAUGGUGGAGAUGACACAACUAAGUAACAUUGUAGGUGAAUCUUGCAUUUCCUACUGCGCUCAUGAAUAAAAAUACUGCUGAAAGAACUACAGCAUAUCAUCUUCAUGUGGAAUGGUUUAUUGAACUGGAAUACUGUUCUUCAGAUUAAUGAAGUUUAGUAUCCAACAUGCAAAUAGUUCUGAGACUAGCUAGUGUUAUUAGGAAGGAGCAGGGAAGGAUCAUUGGUUUCCUCACAGCAUUUGAUGGAAUGAAUCAUGCACUCCUAACCUGCAUUGUUUGCAUGCUUUAAAAAUACAAAUUAAAUGUAAAUUGUCUGCCACCAGAGUAUCUUAUAGCUCACUCUGAGGAUGCAUACUUUAUCAGAAUAUAACUAAAGACUGAGAUUAAGUUAUAAUAAAGUAUAAAAAGGAAGGGGGAACCAAGGCUCAAAUACAUGUAAGUCCAAGCACUAGCAUAUGUCUGUUGAGGAUUCAAUUCAUGGGAGAAGGGUAAAGGAACAAAGCAGGAAUAAGCCUCACUGAGAUGAACUUACUACAGGCAAAAAAAAAAAAAAAAAAAAGAA